AUGUCCUCCAAUUACUCAGCAAACCAGUAUGACGACACCUUCAAACCACAGACGAUGCAGAACUGGGGUCCAACUAAGCACGUCAAAGAGAGACCCACUGCACGGCUGGGUCACACCGCCUUCAUAGCUGAUGAUAAAGGAUAUCUGCUCCCAGGACUGAAGAGAGGCAGUGCUUGGUCAGACUUUAAGGGCACCUGGGAUCUACCUGAUCGUAUCCCACUCCAGCGUCCGCUCAACGCCACAGCCCGCACUGCAGUGGGUGUCAACAGGCUCCAGUCGUGGGGAUUUUACCCACAGCGCAGUGACGGAUCUCAGCCACACAGAGGCAGCAAAAGCACAGAUACACUGCAGGACACUGGCGAGCAGACCAGCAGGGAUGUACAGGAGCAAGACGCUGCUCCAUCCUCAGCAGCUGAGGCCCAACCGGUGUCUCAAAACCACCUCGUCACUGUCAGCGAGAGGGCUGCCAGCCAGAGCUCUGCGGCUGAGGAGAAGCCAGCUUUGAGGCCUGUCGAGGAAGCAGCCGGCCAACACCAUCAUCCUCCGAGCAGAGACCAGUGAACGUAAUUUCAUUCUUCAUACAUCACAAAAAUAGCUAUAAAAAUAAACAGUACCGUCUCUGAGUGAUUGUACAGAAGCAGUUUCCAGCACAUCAAUACAUGGUCAAAUAAAUAACGAAAGCUUUUCUUGAGAUAUCUGUCUCCUACACAUGUUUGCCUUACGUUGGAGUUACCAUUUUGUCAGCUGUCACUCCAGACCAGAAUGUCUCACUGUUCUGCCAGCUGACCAGUGCAAUGAGUUCCAGCAUCACUGAACGCUGCAAAACAAUAAAAGCUAUUGUUCUCUCUGUGGAGGCACGAGCUGGCGGUUAGUAGACAUAUUUGUUAGUCGGUGGUUUGUCAGACUUUGGGACAGCAGCAACAUUUUGCAGCAUGAAGGGCCAUAUCUCUAAUAUAUCACAACAUUUAAAGACCGCAAACAAAAAUAACCAUCCUGAGUGCCUUAACCCUCCGAACCCCACACUUUUACUAACUGUGGACUCAUUUUUUUACUGCAUUCUAAAGUCUUCCACCUGUAUGGAACCAGCACAACCAUGACUAGAAGUAGAGAGGAUUUAAAAAUGUCUUCUGUGCAAUACAACACAGUUAUAAUGUCAUAAAUCAUACCAAAAAAAAACAACAUUUAUUUGAUUAAAACCUAAAAUCAGUAACGUAUAUGUUUCAAAGCACUCCCAGGUUUUAGCAACACUGGAAAAAGUUGGGGAUUCUACAUGCUACAGGUAUUUUACUACUUCCAUGCAUUCAUCCAUUAUCUAUACACCGCUUAAUCCUCACUAGGGUCAUGGGGGGCUGGA